GUGGGCGGAGGACGAAGACGUCCAGGAGGAGGACGAAGACGAGGACAAGGGUGGGGAGGGCAAAGAGGAGGACGAAGACGAAGCUGAUGGUAUUGACGGGGAGCACGAAGAGAACGACGACCAAGGCGCGGGGGGAAAAAAAAAAAGGUGCGACAUUAUGGGCAGAAGUGGGGGGCAGGAGGUUACAACAAGUAGAUGACGAGGACCUAGGCGAGGAGGAGGAGAAGGAAAAGGACGUGGAGGAGGAGGAAGAAGACGUGGAGGAGCGGGAGAAAGACGAAGAGGAGGAGGAGGAGGGGGAGGAUGACGAAGAAGAGGAGGACGAAGAUGAGGAGGAGGAUGAGGACAAAGAAGACAAGGAGGACAAGGACGAGGACGAGAACAAAGAAGACGAGAGGAGGGUGGACAAAGAAGACAAGGAGGAGGACAAGGAGAAGGAAGACGUGGAGGACGAUCGGGAGGAGGGGGAGGAGAAAGAUGUGGAGGAGUCACGGGUUCAACUCCAGGGAACUGUGCAGAUACUGUACACAGGUAAGCUGAGGUCAAGGGAUCGACCCCUGGGAUCUGCAUCGGCUAAUGCCAAAGCCAAUGAUGAUGAGAAACCUUAUCUGCAAGCACUCUUAGACAGUGCAAUCAAAAAGGAACAGGAGUCAGAGAAGGAGAGGAAAGAGACCCUGUUGAAAAGGCAAGUGGCCGUCCUAGAGUCUGACCCCUCACUGACUAAAGAGCAGUGUGGGGAACAGUUGCAAUCCAUACUCACGGCCUUUGUUCAAGUUAGGAAUCUUGAGGACCAUACCACUCAGAUCGCGGAAGUCUUUGCUAAGCUGUAUACACUUCAAGAUGGUCUGACUGAUAUGACCCGCAAGUACCAUGAAUUAACAAAGGAGGUGGCUGACCUGCGAGAAGCCCAAGUGGCCAAUCCUCUUCCUCCACCCCCUGGAUCUGAAGCUGCAAUCAAAACUACCUUUGCCCCUCUUACAGUAUCUUCUUCUACUCCUUCUUCGAGUGUGAUGGCAACCCCCUCGGGACCUGCAGCAGGUGCAGAUUCCGCUGUUGCUGUAACAAGCAAUGAGGCGGGAACUUUUGCAACUGCUGCAGCCCCAAGACCGGAACCAACUGCUGCUGGUCCCAGCCACGCUGGUCCCUAUGUGGACCGAAAAGCGGUACAGAUACCGUCUAAGUACGACGGCAAGGAAGACAUAGAGUCCUGGAUCGACUCCAUGAGGGCCUACUUUGAGAUUUUGGGGACUCAAACUGAGACCCAGGCGGUGAUCAUGGGAAUGAAUGUCGAGCCGGUCGUACGGGGCUUCCUAGAAGUCGAAGCAACGAGGGCUGGGUUCCAAAAGACUGCACUAGCCAAAUGGCUUAAGACCACCCUGGUUGCCUCCCUCGAGGAUCUCCUUAUCUCACAAUACCAGGAUCCGCAUGCUGCGGCUAGAGCAAGAAUCCAACUUGACAAAGUCAAGCGCAGCAAGUGGACAGGCUCCAUAAGAAGCGCGCAAACCUAUCUUAGCAAGAUGUUCGCUACUCCUGGUGGGUGCAAGGUCUUCUCCAAGAUCGAUCUCAAGUCUGGCUACCACCAGAUUGAAGUCGAUCCUGCGGACCAGCACAAGGCUGCGUUCAAAACACCCGACGGGCUUUAUGAGUUCACCGUAAUGCCCUUCGGUCUCACGAACGCACCAACCACUUUCCAAAGCCUCAUGGACAAUGUCCUCCGCGAACAGAUUGGCCGGUUUGUGGUAGUGUACCUGGAUGAUAUUAUGAUCUUCAGCAAGUCCAUGGAGGAACACCUCAAGCAUCUUGAGGAGGUGCUCGCUAUUCUCAAGAAGACGGAACUCCAUCUCAACUUGGAGAAAUUUGAGUUUGGGAAGGAUAGCGUCAUCUACCUUGGGCACCGAUUGUCUGCUGCAGGCCUAGAGCCUGAGGCAACCAAGAUUGAGGUCAUACGCGACUGGCCUCAGCCUGCAAACAUUCUCGAAUUGCGUUCUUUCCUUGGUCUCGCGUCGUAUUAUCGGAAGUUUGUACCCCGUUUCUCCAUCAUUGCUCGUCCAUUGUCGCGACUAACCAGUAAAAAUGUGCCUUAUUCCUGGGAUGCCGCGUGUACGGAAGCUUUUCGAGCUCUCAAGGAAGUGGUAAGUUACCCAGUACUCUGCAUUGCAUAUCCCAAACUGACAUUCGUAGUUACUACGGAUGCAAGUCAGUAUGGAAUCGGUGCAGUGUUGCAACAAGAUGACGGCGAUGGCCUGCGGCCACUCGAGUACUACAGCAAACGGAUGGCCAACGUAAAGGUAGCCACUUCCACCUACAUGCGCGAGCUCUAUGCUUUGCGUAUGGCGUUGGAUCACUGAAAACAUUAUCUUUUGGGACGCCACUUCAAAGUCUUCUCAAAUCACUAGACCUUGAAGUACCCUGUCCCCUACCUUGCUUCGCUGGUUGCAUGAGAUUGA